GUAUUAUUUAGUUAAUUUCCAUUCAUUUCAUUUUGGUUUCUACUUUCUAGCUCAUUUACUAACUCUCUCCAAACAAUGGCUUCAAAUGAGAGCAACACGAAGCUGAAACACUUUGGCUUUUUGAAGGAUAUUGUGGUGAAACUUGUGGUUUUAUUGUCGAAUGUGUAUGAUUUCGCAAAAGAAAACUCUUGCAUCCCAAAAACAACGAUUGAAUCUGUUGAAAAUGUAGUUGGCUUAGUCGUGAAACCGGUAUAUGAGAUACUCAAGGACAUGCUCGAAGAGAUUUUUGUGUUUGUUGAUGACAAGUUUGACAAGUAUGCGCCAGAAUCUGCCAUAACCUUUGUCGAAGAUAUAGAGUCUCUCAUCAAUAAAUAUACACCGAUAGUCCAGAACUUCCUGGUCACCGUGCUGUCCAUCGUGACACCUCCUAUCACCGUCACCAUUUUUAUCCAACAAAAAGUUUUAGAAAUCACCAUAUAUCUCCUCCAAAAGGUUCUAGAAGCCACCAAAUGUCUCCAAAAAAUCGUCUCCGCCAUAAAAUCAGCACUCCUUGAUGAAAAGGAACCUGCCAGCAGCCAAUCAGUAUCAUCCCCCCCGUCCGCACCUCUAGUUGAUGCAGCCCAAUCUGCACUCCAAAACACUCUAGACACCACCACAUCCAUACUCCAAAAUACUCUCGACGCCAGCACAUCCUUACUCCAGAACCCGGUCUUAGAAAAGGGUUCAGACGUGGCCAAUGAAGCACUAGACGCAACAAAGUCUGUUAUAGGAGGUAUCCCAUUAGUGGGCAAUGCAGCACAAUCACUAAUCCCCGGCUCAACACUCUUUGCCAAUCGAAUGGUUCAAACCCCUUCUUCUAUACAAAGCAGAAACGUUAUACUAGAUGCAGUAAACUCAACAGCCCAAAGCUAUAUACAAUCAUCUCAAGAAACAGCUACAAAAGCAACUAUACAGUCUGCUUACAUGACAUUUAAGCUUGUGGCCAUACCAAUAAUAGUUGAGUUUUGGUAUAAAGUCAACACAUACCCACUGUUACAUGUAGUAUCACAAGCUUUGCUCCCAUUGCUUGAGAAGCUUUGUCAGCUGUACAAUAAGUUGCUUACGUACAUGGAUACAAACGAUUAUAGUAUAGCUGGCUAUUUGCCAGUGAUUCCAAUCGAGGAAACAAAGACUUCAUACAACUUGGUGAAGAGUGCAAUGGAUACUUUGCCACCUGCAGCUCAAGAAGCAGCUGCAAAGGCAAAGUUACAAUCCGCUUACUUGACAUUUAAGACUGCGGGCAUACCAGUAAUAGCCGAACUUUGGUAUAAACUCAACACAUACCCGCUGAUAAGCAAAUUAUCAAAAUAUAUUCUCCCAGUGGCCGAGAAGCUUUGUCAGAUGUACAAUAAUUUGGUUGCAUACUUGGAUAAAAAUGGUUAUGGUAUAUCGGGUUAUUUGCCAACAAUUCCAAUUCAAGAAAUGAAGACUGCAUACACGUUAGUGAAGACUAGACAAGAUGUUUUGUCAACUGUUGGACUUGGUAAUGUACUAGGAUGAACAAUAACAGCGAACUCGGACUCGUAUGUUUGUAGAACUUAUAUGUAAGCGUGUAACAUUGAAAUUUUAAUUUCCUAAAUAUAAUAACAUAAUAAACCUAUAUAGUUCA